UUAUAAAUAUCUUACUGUAUGUACGUUGUGGAUUUCGUUGACGUGACGUCAUACAAGCAUGGCGCGCUCCUCCUGCCGUCUGGGUACAGUCUGUGUUUUUUACAGUAGUUAUCAGCUUAUCGGAAGUAUUUUAAAUUGACAGUUAUCCCAAACAGUUGGCACAGCGUUUUGUUACAAGAGUCGAAAGCCGACAGGUCCGACAUGAUCAUGGCCUCGUCUUUUGAGAUCGGAGCCAAGUUUCGUGAAUCGGUGAAGGAUUUGCUGGGCCAGGGGGCCUCGGUCCCGGCAGAGCUGCGAGCCGAACUGGAGUCUGUUCUGGAAAGUUCCACACUGCCUUUCAAAACAGCCAGGAGCUUACACAAGUACCUGCAGGACAGCGGAUCUCCGGUCUUUCUGCACGAGCUGCUGGAGGACAGUUCACUGCAUCUGUCCCAGUUUAAACAGCCACCAAGGAACCCCGAGUUGGUGGCUCGGCUGGAGCGAAUUAAAGCCAAACUGGCCAAUGAGGAAUAUAUGAGGAUUACCAGGAACGUAAACCCUCACGAAAUAAAUCGUCACGGCACAUUAACUGACGUUGGCAAGCAAGUGCACUCUGUGAAAGCUGCGGUCAUCACUGUAUUGAACUUCUUAGUGACUGUGGUGGCUGCAUUUGCCUGCUCUUACCUGGGCAGCCAGUACCUGUUCACAGAGACAACGACGCGGGUGAUAUCCGCAGUGAUCUCAGCAUCAGUGGUGGGCCUGGCGGAACUCUACGUCCUGGUCAGAACCAUGGAAGGAGAGUUGGGAGAGCCAUAGUGUCUCACUGAGAGCCAGGGCACCCUGGUUCACCUGGGGAACCUAUGUUCACUCAGUCACGCUUUCUUCUGGGGAUCAGUGAAACUCUGUGCAUGCAGUAUAUGCAAUAGACCUCAGCUCUUAGUAUUUUUUUUGAAGGAUGCUUUGCACACUGUUUAAAUUGGUACUCUGUAGUAUGUAAUUGUAUGUGAGUUUUAUGUGACUUCGAGAUGGAAUUUAAUUGUCUUCUAGAUGUUGCCAGCAUCAUACUGAGUUUGUCGUUCCUUUUUAUUCUACCGUUUAUUCCUUACCAAAUCAUAAAAGAUAGCUUUUCCCUUAUUUACAAUUUGCUCAAGAAAACACUUUCUUUCCAUGUUUUGCUGCCUUUCGGUCCUCUGGGGUAUUUCAUGACACAACUGUGUUUAAUUAAUGUUUUUGUUAAGGAAUCAGGAUUGACCAAUA